GAUAAUGUGUUUAUAGAGUCAAAUGGCCCUAUGUGUGUGAAGAAACUAUGGCAGCUACAUCAGUCUACUACCGAAUUUCCCUCAUUCCCUCACCUUAUAAAAUGCCUUCCCCACUUUUUUCUCGUUCUUCCUUUUCACUAAUUAUUAUCGAUCUAAAUCUCAUUUAUAACUAAUAACUAACCCACAUAAUUAAUUAUUACUCUUAAUAAUAAUCAUUAAGGAUGAAGAAGGCGACGGUGGGUGCGGUUGUGGUAGGGGCGGCGACGGUGGUUGCUGUGGCCGCGCUGGUGGCACGCCACCGUAUGAAGAAAUCGAGCAAAUGGACACGUGCAAGGGCGAUUCUUAAGGAAUUUGAGGAGAAAUGUGCCACGCCAGAUGCUAAGCUGAAGCAAGUGGCGGAUGCCAUGACGGUGGAGAUGCACGCCGGACUUGCCUCUGAAGGAGGCAGUAAGCUCAAAAUGCUUAUUAGCUAUGUCGAUAAUCUACCUACUGGCGAUGAAGCAGGAGUCUUUUAUGCAUUGGAUCUUGGUGGAACAAAUUUCCGGGUAAUGCGGGUGCAAUUGGGGGGACAAGAUGGUGGCAUUAUCCAUCAAGAAUUCGCAGAGGCAUCAAUUCCUCCAAAUUUGAUGGUUGGAACUUCAGAAGCACUUUUUGACUAUAUUGCGGCAGAACUUGCAAGAUUUAUUGGUGAAGAAGAAGAAAAGUUUCAUCCACCUCCUGGUAGGCAAAGAGAACUAGGCUUCACCUUCUCGUUCCCGAUAAUGCAGACUUCAAUCAAUUCUGGAACUCUUAUCAGGUGGACAAAAGGUUUCUCCAUUGAUGAGACGGUUGGCAAAGAUGUUGUUUCAGAACUGACAAAAGCAAUGCAAAGACAAGGAAUUGAUAUGAGGGUGACAGCACUUGUGAAUGAUACUGUUGGAACAUUGGCUGGUGGUAGAUACUCUGAUAAGGAUGUAUCCAUUGCUGUGAUAUUAGGCACCGGGACCAAUGCAGCAUAUGUGGAACGGGCUCAGGCAAUUCCCAAAUGGCACGGUCCUCUGCCUAAAUCUGGAGAAAUGGUGAUCAAUAUGGAAUGGGGCAACUUUAGAUCAUCCCAUCUUUCCUUGACAGAGUAUGAUCAUGCAAUGGAUACCGAUAGUUUGAAUCCCGGUGAACAGUUAUUUGAGAAGAUCUGUUCUGGCAUGUACUUGGGAGAAAUUUUACGCAGAGUUCUACUUAGAAUGGCUGAAGAAGCUGGCAUUUUCGGUGAUGAAGUCCCUCCAAAACUCAAGGAUUCAUUCGUAUUAAGGACACCUGAAAUGUCCGCUAUGCAUCACGACACUUCUUCUGAUUUGAGAGUUGUUGGUGACAAGUUGAAGGAUAUCUUAGAGAUAUCCAAUACCUCCUUGAAGACGAGGAGAUUAGUUGUUGAGCUAUGUAAUAUUGUUGCAACACGUGGUGCAAGACUUGCGGCAGCUGGGAUCUUGGGUAUUGUCAAAAAGAUGGGAAAGGAUACGCCCAGAGAAAGUGGUGCAGAAAAGAUCGUCGUAGCCAUGGAUGGUGGAUUGUAUGAGCACUAUACAGAAUACAGUAAAUGCUUGGAGAACACUUUGGUUGAACUGCUUGGAGUGGAAAUGUCAACAAGCAUUGUUUUCAAGCACGCGAAUGAUGGUUCUGGCAUUGGCGCCGCACUCCUUGCAGCCGCUAACUCCCAUUAUGUUGAAGAUAAGUCCGGAAAAUGAUCAAAAUGAUAUUUAUCUAGAGGAAGAAUUCCCUUUACCUUUUAUAUUAUGCUUUUCUCCAGCCUUUCCUUUCUCUCCUCCUUUUUGGUUCUUCUACCAAUUUUUUUGAGAAUUUUCCAGCACUUGUACUUGGUUUGUAGUUUAGGAUAUCAUUCCUUGGAAUGCCUGAACUUAUUUCUUCUGGAAAAGGAUGCAAUGAAAUCAUAUGCAUAAAAAUUUUAA